UCCGCGGUUUUGACCGGAUUGCCGCAGAGUGGAAGGGAGCUGUAGUUGUCCUUGAACCGCAAGCCUCUGGUUGGUAUUUUUACACGCUCGAGUCUUUCACUUUUAUCGGGCCGGGUUAUCGUUGUACACAGGUGUACAGGUAUUUUUUUUUUUUUGAAAUAAUUGCUUAAUAUGUACGCCUUGGGUCUGGUGUAAUCCGGUCACCGAUGCCCGAUGACAUAACACAAUACUGUGUUUAUAGACCGUGCGUGGCUCAUGCUUCUGCGGAUCGGGGUCAAAACCACGAUCAUAGUAUAGGUAGGUAUAAUUGUAGGUAUUAAUUAUACCUACAAUUAUACUGUAUAAUGUACGAACGACCUGCUCGGGAAAAGAAAAAUCGCUUACAUUUUUAGAAAAUUAAAAAAAACUUGUGAGAGGAAGGGGGAGAUGGCAAGGAUUAACUAAUUUCAAUUAUUAUUCUGACAACCGCUAGUGACGCGUAGGUCGAGAAGUUGACCUCCGUUUAGCUACAAAAAUAAAUAAAUAUGUACAGAAUAACAAACAUGGCCCGAAUUAGGAAUAUGUGCGUAUAUCCGUUUACCGUUUAGCCGAAUAACAAGCGUAAUGAACGCCUUAGAAAUAAAUUAAUUGUGUAAACCGUCGAAUGAUAAAAACAAAUAUAUGAAAAAAACACAUACAGUAAUCGAAAAGCAUCCGUUAAACACGCACGUUUGGGAUCUGUGCACUAUUUUAUAAUACAUAUAUUGUUAUUUUUUUAACUCGACACUUGGCGACUCAGAAUCGUGCUGGAAGAUGGCCUACUGGUGGAUAACGUCAGCCAUAUGGUACGUUGUCAUCAUGGUGAUCGCUAACCCUUUGAUGCCUACGUUGAUCACCGAGGUUUUGCCCAAAUUACCUUUGCUGCUCAUCCGACGUUUGGGCACGAUACCCAUGGAAACGAUUUGAAGCAUUUAAAAACAAUUAAUACUUUUUCCUAAUUCAAUUUGGAUUUGAUUUGGAAAAAAACAAAUAGAAGAAAACCUAUGGCUAAGACGACGGCAAGAAGCGGACCGGACGUCCUUCGGACCGGUUUGCAUUACACACGUCCACGGAAAACUGUUCAUAAACAGAAACCAGGACAGUGUCCGACGACCACUUUACCGGAACGGGUCGAACCCACUAUGAACGUUAAGAUUAGAGCAGCUUGCGUCCUAGUCAUGUUCCAUAUGCUGGCGGCGCUGCCCGUGGCCCAACUGGCCGCCGUCAAAAUGGCCCGCGUGCCCCGCGUCUACAACGCCGUCAUCACCAGCGAGCAACAGCUGUUGCCCAGCCAAGUGGAUCCGGUGGUGACGCCCGUGCUCCGGCCUUUGCCGUUUUUCGUCAUCAACUGGCCCGUGUCGUCCGGCACUUCGUACUAUUCGUAUCAGACGUCGUCCGGCGUGGAGGCCAACUCUCACGGACUUGUAGACGCUGCCGGACCGGUCGAGUCCGAUGGCCCGACCGGCGGAGACGACCUGGGAGACGCCACCGCCGUCGUCAAGAACAACAGGCCCCUUGACACGGACGUGCCGGACGUACCGCCGCCGCCGCUCAGGCCCACCAAGGCCGGAAAACAAGAACGGAAAAAAACGGAAGAGUUCCCGCCCGCCCCCGUCGGUUUCGCCAUUUGAAAACGGCCCACUUAUAGACUAUGCCCAUAAGUCCCUCGGCACUUUAUUAAUUAUUGUUUUUUUUUUAAAUUAAUUAAUUUAAAUUCAAUGUACUGUAAAUGGUUUGUUUCUUUAUUACUAGAAAAAGAAUCUAACCUAACAUGUUCUACGUUUUUCAACUCACACUUCUUCCCAAUUCCAUUUAGCCAAAGGCCUAAUUGAAAACACAUUUUCAAAAUUAAAAAACCACCCGUCAAUGCAAACUUACAAUAUUAUAUUUUUAAUUUAAAAAAUAAAAAAAGCCGACCCAGUUAAGUUACUUUUGAGUGAGAAUACAUACAGUACCAUAUUUUUGGGCGGUCUUCUUCGAAUAGAUUCGAGCUCAGAUCAAACACACAAAAACUCCUUUUUCUUUUUGUAGUUUAUAAUGAAUGUUCAAUAUACAUGUAAUUACAGUCUACAUAGGUCUAAGGGCUCGUAUUUCAAACGUGUGCGGUAUUAUUCGAUGUCCUCGUUGGCGACAUGAUCGUUUUCCGAACUGUUACACAUAUUUUGUACAUUGUGAUAUUAUAUUCGUGUAAACCGUUUGUCGUUAUAAUUGUUUAGUCAUAUAGUUGAUUGUAUAAUAAUUAAUGUUAGUUUCCUAAUCAAAAUCUCUAUGAUCAAAUAGACGUGUCGUUUAUAUUAUUAAAUAUAAGUCUGUUAAACGUAACGUGUUAAUCAUUAUAAUAUAAUAAAAUAUUCAUUGUAUAUAUAUAUAUAUUAAUUUUUAUGUAAAUCAAAAUAAAAUCAUUGACGUUUGUAAAACGAUAUUGAUUAAGAUCUUGUGCGAACUACGAUUCAUUUCAACUGUGUGUUAUAAUUUGUAGAUAAUAAAAUAUAUUGUGUUUUGUUCAAACGACGUUAUUAUAAGAAUAAACAACUUAUGAUCAAUAAAUGUCUAACGAGGA